CUUUUCCUUGUCAUGUCGUCUAUUGCAAACACUCUUGAUACUGCGCCUAUGGUCCAGGAAUCCAAAGAUACUGGUGCUGUUGUCACCAACGAAUCUCUGGCCGACUCUAUUGAUUCUGCUACCGACAAUCAGCAAAGCAUACCGCCAGCCAAACCCACAAAUGGUUCUAAACUCGCUGGCAUUUCUCCCAUAUCCCAGCUUCCCAAAUCCAAACCCAAGGUCCCUCGUAAAGAAUUCUUUACCAAUAUUGCUCUCUUUAUCGUACUGGUUUUCUACACUGCCUGCUGCAUUAUUCUCCUUCAGCUGCCUUCUCUUUUUAUUCUUUACGGACCUUAUCCAUUACUAUUUAUUUUCAAGCCAGCUGAUAAGAUAUGGCUCAAACGCACGUCAUACAACAUGUACAAGUGGUAUAAUCGCUAUUUGGAGUCUAUUUUUGGAUCUUCGGUUGUUAUGCUAGUGAAUACGCUUGCUCCUGCUACGCUGGUGAUUACUGGUGAUAUUGAGGCGAUUAAAGAUACAAAACAACUGAUUCUCAUGUCAAACCAUCAGAUUUAUGUGGAUUGGGCAUAUCUGUGGUGCUUGGCUCGCCUUACCAAUCAUCAUGCAGAUCUCAAGAUCAUGCUCAUGUCUGUACUGAAAUACCUCCCUCUUUUUGGAGUCAGUAUGGCCAUGUUUGAGUUUAUCUUCCUUGAUCGUAAAUUGUCUGUUGACCAUCGAAACAUUGUGAACAUCAUGUCUCGACAGAAAACCGAUGCACCCAAUCUUCCAAUGAUGCUCGUUAUUUUUCCAGAAGGCACUCUCAAUACACCGAAUAAUCGCGAAGUCAGUCGAUCGUAUGCCAAAAAGACGGAUAUACCGGAUGAUCCAGAAUACGUUAUUCUUCCCAAAGGAACAGGGCUAUUCAUGUGCUGUGAUGUCUUGUACCCACAAGUAGAUCGAAUCUUUGAUGUGACAGUUGGAUAUGGAGCAUUGAGUGCCGAACAGAUUCCGUAUGAAGAAUAUCUGCCUGGCAAUGUAUUUUUCUCCAAGAAAUAUCCUCCUGCAGUUCAUAUGCAUAUUCAAUCCUUCCCUAUCAAUACUUUGCCUGGGUUUGAUGGUGCACUGACAGCCGAGACACUUGCGCUAGAUCCAGCAUUUAAGCAAAGUGCGACCACUGCAGCAGCAAAAUCUGGAGCAUUUACCCCAAUAGUCGAAGCUCGACGUCAUGUGUUUUCCGAAUGGGUGCGAAAGCGGUUUAUGUACAAGGACAAGUUGAUGGAGAGAUUUUAUGCCGAGGGAGAGUUUCCAUCUGUCGAGGUUGGAGUAAAUGAUCCUCAACCUCUCGAUAAGAUUGAGAAAAGAGUUAUACCAGACCCAAAGGACUGGGCCAAAAUAGUUGGAUGCUGGCUAUCGCCCAUGUAUACGGUUCCUAUUUACUUGCGUAUCUUGUGGAUGAUACUGCGUUUAUUCUUCUAAAAAUUUGAAAUUGCACAAUUAUGAUUCAAUGGAAGAUUAUUCAUUGCAGUAGAUUACUGCGAC